AUGUUUACGUGCGGUUUAGGUGAGAAAUCGUGCCUGAAGAUGCUGCCAUCAUUUGUGCGCGAUUUGCCGGAUGGUACUGAGAAAGGGAAGUUUUUGGUGCUCGACCUUGGUGGCGCCAACUUCCGUGUGGUGCUUGUCGAGCUCAACAUGAAAUGCGCUAAAAUUGAUAGCAAAAUAUAUCCAAUGCCAGCACGAGUGAUGACAGGAACUGCAACACAGGUUACUUACACACGUUCUUUAUGCAUUAAGAACACAGCUCAGAACCUAAGCAACAACGCAGGCGAAUCAACACAGGGAGGUAAAAAGCGGUCAGUGGUAAGUAAAACCCAAACUGGAACGCAUCAGGCUUGCUGAUG